AUUAUCAACUAGUUAUUUUAAUAUUGUCUUUCUUGUCCAAUCCCAUGCCUAUAAAGAUGAUACAAAUUACUCGGACAAAAUCACUGAAUUUUCUUUCAAAAACUAGCCAAGUAAAGUAGCUAUAAUUUUAGAACAACGUCAAAGAAAAUGAGGCAUCCAAUAGUUGUAGUUUUAAGCAUUUUGGUACUUAGUCAAGUGAGUGAGUGUCAUCGUAUUAGAAGUAAUUUGCAAAUAGGGCCAAUUGUAAUUGGUGGUCCCACGUCACCUCCUAUGCUGCAGCCUAGUCCGACGACGACGAUGUCUCGAUUGAAGGUAGGGUUUUAUAAAGGGUUAUGCCCUAAUAAAAUUGUGGAUGUUGAGGCACUCAUCACAGCCAAAGUUCAACAAGAAUUUGUCAAGGAUCCAACUAUACUUCCUGCCCUCCUUCGUAUGCAAUUUCAUGAUUGUUUUGUUCAUGGAUGUGAUGCAUCAAUCCUAAUAAAUGGAUCUUCAAGUGAGAAAACAGCAGGUCCUAAUCUUACUGUAAGAGGAUAUGAGCUAAUUGAUGCUCUGAAAGAUGUUGCAGAAGCCCAAUGUCCUAAUGUGGUCUCUUGUGCUGAUAUUAUUGCUAUUGCUACUAAAGAAGUUAUCAAAUUGGGAGGAGGACAAGGAUAUCUUGUUCAAACAGGGCGAAGAGAUGGACUUAUAUCAAACGCUCAAGAUGUCAAUCUUCCAAAUCCUUUUGGAUCAGUCUCCCAAAGCAUAUCAGCUUUUCGGUUCAAAAACUUCACUACCGAAGAAAUGGUUAUUCUCUUAGGUUGUCACACUGUAGGAAUUUCACAUUGUGUAUUCUUUGAGGAUCGACUAUACCAAGGUACUAGUCAAUUUGACGCAAAUAUGAACUCAACUCUUCGAGAGCAAUUGAUACCAGUGUGCCCACAAGGCGCGGGGUCCAACAAUUUUACCAAUCUUGAUCAAAAUCCACAGAGUUCGAAUACGGUUGAUAACUCUUUCUUUGAUCAAAUUGUCAAGCAAAGAGGAAUUAUUCCACUUGAUCAAGCACUAGCUCGUGAUUCUCAAACAAAGGAAUUUGUUGAACAACUUGCCCAAAAUCCUAACAUUUUUACUACUAGAUUGUCUACUGUCAUGAUCAAAUUGCAAGCGCUCGACGUCCUCACUGGCAAUCAGGGACAGAUUAGAAAAGUUUGCAGCAAAUUCAAUUAAGUGUCUACUUCUAGAUGAUUAAUAUGUUUCCUAUACAAUGUGGGAACACCUAAAGUUAGGUACACCCUACAAUAUACAUCUUCCGUUUUUAAUUACUUUCAGUAUUCUCUAUUUUAGGAAGUUCUCCAUUACUUGUGAUGUUGAUAUUUUUGUCAAUGUACUCUCUUUUUCUCUCUCCUAACACACACGAGUUUUUUAAAAGUUUUUUACCCCUCUCUGUCAA